UCGUAUGGGUUCAGUGCGUUCGUAAGAAUCAUACAGUUUAAAUGUUAAAGAUGAACAAAUCUUCGCUUUGUGGUUUUUUAUUAUUCAUCGCGUUUACUUUAACUCAAGGUCAAAGGUUUGCUACUUUUAAUAGCAGAAAUAGUCAAUCUUUUCCUAAUUCUCAACAAUUUCAACAACAACAGCAAGGAAGUUUUCCGUGUCCAGAAAAAACGGGAAGAUUUCCUACUGCACAAUGUGAUAGCUACAUUGAAUGUAUUGAUGGUGUUGGAGAAGAAAAAUUUUGUCCGGACGGUCUCCUUUUUAACGCUUUAACGAAUCCUUUGGCUUUUCCUUGUCAAUAUCCCAUCGAUGUUGAUUGCGUUGGACGAACAACAACACAACCAGCUCAACCAACUGAAGAUUGUCCUCAUCAAUACGGUUAUUAUAAAAUCGGUGACGAAGCAAAUUGCGGCCAAUUCAAAAAUUGCGUCGAAGGAAGAGCUUUUACUUUCGAUUGUCCGGAAGGGUUGGCUUUUAACGAAGAAAGUUAUAGAUGUGAUUGGCCCGAUCAAGUUCAAUCUUGUAAUGCUGAAGCCUUCUUAGGAUUUACUUGCCCCCCAGAAGCAAAAACAUUCGCCCCAUCUGAAUACAAAUAUUUCCGAUCGCCCAAUGAUUGUCAACGUUAUUUUAUUUGCAUCGAAAACAAACCAAGAUUAUACAAUUGCGGGGAAGGACAAGCUUUUAACGAUUUAACGAAUAGUUGUGAUGGUAUUGAAAAUGUUACUGGUUGUUUGCCACAAUAUAAUCAAAAUUAUGAUCAAUCCAGAAGAAAUUUUAGAGUGUAAUUAUAUUUUUGUUGUAAUUUUGAAAACUUAUAAUGAUAUUUUUAUUAUAAUAAAAGGUUUUUAAAUUUAA